UCGAUCAAACGAUCGCUUUCGGGACAGGUGAAGAAGAACAAAGGGAAACUAGCGCGAGGUACUCGUCCGGCAUCAAUGCAUCCCAGACAGCGGGAAGGGUUGAUCGUGCCCGGAAGUCAACAUUGCCUCGAGACGGUGGCCCGAUAUCGUCUGCGAAGUUAUAUUACGAUCGUUUCCCCAUGAGAGAUACCACCCUCGCCAUCGUCGUAGCGAUCAUCGUUGUGAUCAAGUCCCACCUGCUGUGCCCGCGACAACGUUCGGCGUCGUCGUCCGAGAAAGAGUGCCAGACUGUGAUACUACCCCGUGUGAUAGAGAAAUCGUCUUGUGAUCCCGCGUUUACCUCAACGUACUCAAUGUCCGCGAAUCGAUUAAACGUGCUGGUGAUCCUGAUGCUCGCCGUCGCGCUUCUUGUGACGGAAUCAGGAAACGCACAGGUGGAUGGCUAUCCGCAAUUCGGCUCGAAGCGAUCCGCCGUGAGUGCGCCGCAGAAAUAUUGCGGCAAGAAGCUUUCCAAUGCUCUACAGAUAAUCUGUGAUGGCGUGUACAAUUCCAUGUUUAAGAAGAGUGGUCAAGCGCGGGAAGAAGCGAACGUCGAUAGCAGAGAUAGCAACUUUGACUACGUUCGCACCCAAGAAAUGGAAAUGGCCGAUUAUCCGAUCGCCUAUGAGUUUCCCCCAUUUUUGCCGCGAGCGAGGGCACGGGGGAUGUUAGAGGGACGCUUCGCUGGCAGGCGUUAUCGAAGGCAGGGUCGAGGUAUCCACGAGGAAUGCUGCAUCAACCCGUGUACGAUAAAUGAACUGACCAGCUACUGCGGCGGCAGAGGAGGCGCUUCGGAGUAACCGGUAACCCUUCGACUUCCGCUUUACUGCUCGAUCACCAUGCAAACCGAAUAAUCCCAGAGAUACACGCCUCACGCGCAUAUACCCACACACGUACACACACAUAGAGGGACAUACACACAUUCCACAUUACGUACGGUACACGUUGGAAAGUUCAUCGGUAAACCGCAUCAUCGCUCACGUUGGAGACUGACUCGUGAUAAUUGUGUAUACAUUUACGUAUUUGCGAUGGAACUGACUUUUUAACGCAUGAUCGUGCGCGGGAUUGUAUACUCUUCUCCUUGAUUUCUUGUGAACGAGGGGGCACCAGAG